AUGUUCUCAUGUGAUGGCAAGUGUGCUGUCUCCCUUCUGUGGAAGCGGAAACAAAAUCGCCUGUCCGCAUGCCACCUCCGCUUGGACAACGGGGUUGUGGCGAAAGUUGCAGAUCGCAUAGACAAGGUGGAGCACAUCCAGUCACCCACCCUCGUAAUCCACGGCACCGAUGACCACGUGAUUGGCCUGCAUCACGGAAAGGAGUUGUUCGCGCGCCUCCCCAACCCCCUCGAGCCUCUCUGGGUCGAUGGGGCCGACCACAAUGACAUCGAGCUUUUUUACGAAUACACCGCCCGCCUCGAAAAGUUCUUCCAGGCAAGUGACGGUUUUUUUGGCUUCCGCUAA